AUGAGAGAAAAGAAAAUAAAUAAAAAGAAAAAGGAAACAACCACUCACCCCCACGUCGUUCUCCCCCUCCCCCGAUCCAGAAUUGGAUCGAGGCGCUCGACGCCGCCGCCGCUCGGAGGCGCCCCAACCCCGCGCCCCGCCGUGCCUUCGUCCUCCCCCGCAUCCGUCGCGCCAGAGCCUUUCUCCCUUCCCCCCGCCGGCGCCUCACCAUCCCGGCCGCGUCCGGCGCUACUCCCCGCAGCCCCGGCGAGCACGCCUGUGCACGAGGACUGCCGCGUCUGCCCCGCAGCUUCUUCGUCUUCCUCGCGCAGCGCCUGCAACACCACCGGCCACCGCCGUCAUCGCCACGCCCCGCCGAAGCUCACCACCGCCUCGCGAGCCAUGGCUUCCUCCUCCUCGCCCCAUGCUGAGGACGUCGUCUCCGCGCCGCGUCCCCCGAGCCUUCUACUCGGCCUCGCACCUGCCAGCCCAUCCGGCCGCCGGACCUCGCUGGUAGGGUUCCUCCGGCCUCCCCGAGCCCUUCUCUGCAACAAUACGAUGCAGCCCAGGAGCUAGACGGCACUAUCGAUGACGACUACUAC